AUGGCAAGCAUCACCCCAUUCAAGAUUGCCGUCCCCGACGCCGCCAUCACGAAGCUGAAAGCCAAGCUGGAACUGUCCGAUCUCCCCGACGAGGUUGACUUCUCCAAUGACUGGAACUACGGAGCGCCCCGAGACGACUCCUCCGCCUCACCAAGUACUGGAAAGACGGCUACGACUGGCGCGCCCACGAGGCCAAACUCAACGCCGAGCUGCCGCAGUUCAAGACGACCAUACACCCGAGCCCGAGGCCAGGCAGUAUCCCGCUCCUCUUCUGCCACGGAUGUACGUGCGGCCCGUCUCGUCGGCGUCCACGACUCUCGCAAGCCCGUCAAGUGGCCAACUAACCCCGUCGCCCUCCUGGCCUGGGUGUACGAGAAGCUGCACGACUGGGCGGACGGGGUACCCCUGGACCGACGACGAGGUGCUCACCUGGGGUCUGGUGUGCGUGUACCAGUUCUCGGCGGCGGGCGCGGCGGCCAGCGUGCGCAUCUACUACGAGGCAAGGCACGCCGGGGCGGCGAGGACGCGGCGCGGGCUCGGGUACGUGCCGGGCGUGCCGUUGGGGCUGUCGUAUUUCCCGAGGGACCUGGUUCUGCCGCCGAGGACGUGGCCCGUGGUGUUUGA